AUGUACGGCGGCGGAAUCAAUGAGUAUAGACGGCGAACGGUGUCGUUUUCUGAAAUUACAGAUGGAAGGCGUGGAGAUGUGGGCUCCAUCCCCAACCAGCAGCAGAACUACCAAUACGACGUCGAGUCCGUCCGCCGCGCCACCUGCCUCCGCCGCAUCUUCACUUUCGUGAUCGGCCUCAUCGUCAUCUUCGGCACAGUCACCUUCAUCGUCUGGCUCAUCCUCCACCCCCAGCUCCCCGAGUUUCGAGUCGACUCCUUGUCUAUCUCCAAUUUCACGCUCGGCAACGACUUGCUCAUCUCCUUCACCUCCGAGAUCAAGCUGACCGUCAAAAACCCUAACAAGAAGAUGAAGCUCGGCUACGAUCACAUUGAGACCGCGAUUUACUACCAAUCGUAUUCCCUCUCCAAGACCACCGUCGCGCCCUUCUAUCAAGGCACGAAGAACGAGACCUCUCUGACGGCAAGAUCCGCUGCGGCGGGGAGUUUUCUGGAGAAGGUGGCGGUGGACGAGAUUACUGGCGAGAGGGGGAAGAAUGAUAAUGUGAAUUUCAAUUUGAGGAUGCUUUCUAGGGUUAGGUUUGAGGCCAAGGUGUGGAGGACUCGAAGGAGGUUUCUGAAGGUGUUCUGUGGGGAUCUAGUUCUUGGACUGCCGACUAGUGGGAGAUCGGGGGUGUUAACCGGCGGACCGAGGCAGUGCCGCGUCGAGGCCUUCCCUCUAUCACUCAAUCAUCAAAAUCGAUUCCCCUCCCCAUUCUCUCCACUCUCAUCGCUCAUCUCUCUCUGUUUCUCACCGCUCUCUCUCUCUCUCCGCCAUUGCUCACUUCUCCGGCGAGAAUUGCCAGCCGUCGUACCCCUCACAUCCCUCCGCUCUCGCCACCGCCUUCCAUCUGUCCUCCCUCUCUCUCUCGCAUCUCCAAUAGCAGACGGCCAAGGAUGGAGCGUCUCCCCCGCUACUAGCCUCCCCCUCAUCCCUCUCUCGCGUUUCCGGCAGCGGACGGCCAAGAAGGAGCCGCCGCUGCAGAUCUGCUCCGAUCCGUUCUUUUGCUGGUUGGGGAUGGAGCCCACUAGAAUUUUUGAAAAAAUAUUAAGUGAACGGCGUUAA